GAGUCUUGGGACAGAUGGAAGAACUUGGACCGCAGGUCGGAGGAGUACAAGGCUGGUUUGAACGGGCCAUCUGAGGUCUUGAAGGAACAACGUGCGGAAUACCUUUGGAAGCAGCUGGAAAGGCCAAUCCCCGACAUCCGGCAGCGCAGCAAG